UUGGACCGGCGCGGAAAGAGGAAGCCCAACCUUGGAAGCGGAACGGAGUCCUGCGGCGGGUCCUUCCGGGGGGUGACUUUCAGCCGGCCGUUCAGGGCGACGGACUCUCGCUCCUGGAACGAUGGCCCGGUUCGUCCGUAACCUCGCGGAGAAGACCCCGGCGCUGGUGAACGCUGCUGUGACUUACUCGAAGCCUCGAUUGGCCACAUUUUGGUACUAUGCCAAGGUUGAGCUGGUUCCUCCAACCCCUACUGAGAUCCCUACAGCUAUUCAGAGCUUGAAAAAAAUAGUCAGGAGUGCUCAGACUGGUAGCUUCAAACAGCUCACAGUUAAGGAAGCUCUGCUGAAUGGUUUGGUGGCCACUGAGGUGUGGAUGUGGUUUUAUGUUGGUGAGAUUAUAGGCAAGCGUGGCAUCAUUGGCUAUGAUGUUUGAAGACCAACCUUUAACAUGUUUAUAUUUGGUUUGUUUUUGAGUGUUCUUGGACCAUGUGUGAUCAGACUUACUUGAAUAAAAUAAGAUAACGUAUCAAAA